CAUCACCAUCACCAUGGAGCGGUUCUUUUAGCACACGGAGCUCAUUUAAUACGUUUUCCUACAGCAGCCUGUGAACUGCUGACCCUCCGCCGGACUGCUUCCUCCUCCCGGUCAUCUCUCUGCUCUGUCGCCGCCAUGAUCGGUUGUCUGCUCCCUCUGCUCACCGUCGUGCUGUCCGUCCUGUCAGCUGCAGGAGACCCGGCAGGAUCCGCUCAUGUCGACGGAGCACCGCCUUCUAAAAUAGCGGUGGUGGGGGCGGGGAUAGGAGGCAGCGCCACUGCACAUUUCCUGCGCCAACACUUCGGCCCUGAGGUCCAAGUGGACGUGUUUGAGAAGGGCGAAGUUGGAGGCCGUCUCGCCACUGUAACCGUCAAUCACAAUGACUACGAGUCCGGAGGUUCUAUCAUUCACUCCCUCAACCUCCACAUGCAGGAGUUUGUCAAACAGCUCGGUUUGAAGUAUCGCCGCAGCGUGGCAGGGAAGACGGCGGUGUUUAACAGCGAGGAGGUGAUUCUGGAGGAGACAGACUGGUACCUGCUGGACUUAUUCCGUCUAUGGUGGCGCUAUGGCAUCAGCUUCAUACGCCUGCAGAUGUGGGUGGAGGAAAUCAUGGAGAAAUUCAUGAGGAUCUAUAAAUACCAGGCCCAUGGCUACGCCUUCAGCUCAGUGGAGGAGCUGCUGGACUCUCUUGGGGGGAGUGGCUUUAUCAACAUGACCCGAAGGCCGCUCUCUGAUUCGCUCCUUGAGCUGGGCGUGUCGCAGCGCUUCAUCGACGAGGUCAUCGCGCCCGUCAUGAGGGUCAACUACGGACAGAACGUCAGCAUCCCUGCCUUCGUAGGAGCCGUGUCUUUAGCUGGUGCCCAGAACAACCUGUGGGCGGUGGAAGGAGGCAACAAGCUGGUGUGUUCGGGGCUUCUGAAGAUAGCCAACGCUAACCUGCUGCAAGCACAAGUCAACUCCAUCUCCCCCGUUUACUCUGGGGAGGUGGUCCAGUACCAGCUGAGCUUCACCACAGCAGAGGGAACAGGAUCAGAGCUGUAUGACAUUGUGGUGCUGGCGACGCCACUGCAGGCCAGCGUCAGAUCUGGAGUGGAGUUCCAAGGUUUCACGCCUCCUUUUGACCAGCUCCCCGGCAACUAUCACAGCACUGUAGCAACCAUUGUCCACGGCUACCUCAACACCUCUUUCUUUGGUUUCCCGGACCCCCGUCUGUUCCCCUUUGCCAGUGUCUUGACAACUGAGACGCCAAAUCUGUUCUUCAACAGUGUGGCUAGCGUUUGUCCUGUCAACAUCUCGGUGGGUUUCCGGCGUAAGCAGCCGCAAGAGGCCGGAGUCUAUAAAGUGUUCUCACCUCAACCUCUGGAAAAGGCUCAGCUCAAAACGCUCUUCAGGUCGUACUACUCAGUGCAGGUGACGGAGUGGCAGGCCUACCCUCGUUACGGCAGCAGCCAGGGACUGCCGCCAGUGGAGCUCCACCCAAACCUUUACUACCUCAAUGGCAUCGAGUGGGCUGGGAGCGCCAUGGAGAUGAGCUCAGUGGCUGCCAAGAACAUUGCCCUGAUGGCAUACCACCGCUGGAACAGACAGACAGACAUGGUGGACCAGAAAGAUCUGAUGCACAGGAUCAAGACUGAACUAUGACCUGGUCAACUGAAAGUCAAAACAUGUGAAGUUUGUAGUUUAUACAUCAUCUCAUAGUUGAUGUGGCAGAUCUGAAUUCUUAACUGCACAUCAAAUAUCUCCUGCUGAAUACUUGAGCCAGAAAAUAGCCACAUCCAAGUCAUGUAUUACCUUUGGUGCAUUCAUCGGCAUCUACACAGACUCCAACUGAAGAUAAUCUGAGCCUGCCUUACACUAAACAUGCAUUAAAGAGAAAAAACAAGCGUCAGCAUAAACUAGAACAAUUUGAAUGCACCACUAAAGACACUUAUAGUAA